AUGACACUAGUGGAGGAAAUUAAUCCAAGAAUAGAUAGAGACUCAUAUUUCACAUCAUCAAUAAAUCUACCUUCAAAAUCAAAACAUAGGCCAACUUCAGAAGAUUUUAGACCAAGAAAAAGAUUAGCACCAGGAACUUAUAAUUUAGCUACAAUUGAAUCAAAUUUACAUGGAACUGGAUUAACAGAAGAUCUUGUUGAAACAAAAAAUUCAUUAAAAAGGUUUGAAGAAUUAGAUAAAGAAAAUUAUAAUGAUACUGCAAAAAUUGAAUUACCUAAAAAUGGUAUGAAUUUUGAAUAUACAAAAUUUGAAGCAAAUCAAUUAAAUUCUGAACAUUUAAAAUUUGGUCCAAAAGGUGGUAAAUUAAAACAAGGUUCCACAACACAAAUCAAGAAAAUUUUAGCAUCAAGGAAAACUUUAACAAAUUAUUUAGAUGAAGAUGAUAAAACAACAUCAAUUUUAUUUAACUUAGUAUCCAAAAAGAAAAAUUUACAAUUCUUAGUACCAAAUAAAAAAUUAUGUUCAAUUUGUGGUGAUAAUAGUCCAGGUUCUUGUGUUAGAUGUAAUUCAAGGGUUUGUAGUGUUAAAUGUUCUACUGUUCAUAAUGAAACUAGAUGUUCAAAUUAUUUUGGAUAA